CAGCCCUAGUGACCCUCCUUCCUUUGUGUCUGGGUUGGAGUCACCACCUCGGCGCCCCGGGACUGCGACGGUCGCCUGGGGGGUGAAGCCCCCUUCUCUGCGGGUCGGAGGUUCGCGGGGGGCCUUCAGCUACCCGCCUUGCUGCGGACGCUCAGCUCAUGGUUGACAGCUCAGAGAAAGAAAAACCUGAGGGAAGAUGGAUGCAAAAGCUCGAAAUUGUUUGCUUCAACAUAGAGAAGCCUUGGAAAGGGACAUCAAAACAUCCUACAUCAUGGAUCACAUGAUUAGUAAUGGAGUUUUAACAGUGUCAGAGGAGGAAAAAGUGAAAAAUGAGCCCACCCAACGGCAACGAGCAGCUAUGCUAAUUAAAAUGAUACUUAAAAAAGAUAAUUAUUCUUAUAUAUCAUUCUACAAUGCUCUACUCCAUGAAGGUUACAAAGAUCUUGCUGCCCUUCUGCACGGUGGCAUUCCUGUCGUCUCUUCUUCUGAUGGCAAAGAUUCAGUUAGUGGAAUAACUUCAUAUGUAAGGACAGUCCUGUGUGAAGGUGGAGUACCACAGAGGCCCGUUGUUUUUGUUACUAGGAAGAAGCUAGUGAAUGCAGUUCAGCAGAAGCUCUCUAAGCUGAAUGGUGAACCGGGAUGGGUCACCAUAUAUGGAAUGGCAGGUUGUGGGAAAUCUGUAUUAGCUGCAGAAGCUGUUCGAGAUCAUUCUUUCCUAGAAGAUUGUUUCCCAGGGGGUGUGCAUUGGGUGUCAGUUGGGAAACAGGACAAAUCCGGGCUUCUGAUGAAGCUGCAGAACCUUUGCGCACGGUUGGAUCAGGAUGAGAGCUUCUCCCAGAGGCUUCCACUUAAUAUUGAAGAGGCUAAAGACCGUCUCCGCAUUCUGAUGCUGCGCAAACAUCCAAGGUCUUUAUUGAUCUUGGAUGAUAUUUGGGAUCCUUGGGUGUUAAAAGCUUUUGACAAUCAGUGUCAAAUUCUUCUCACAACCAGAGAUAAGAGUGUUACAGAUUCAGUAAUGGGUCCUAAAUAUGUAGUGCCUGUGGAGAGUGGUUUAGGAAAAGAAAAAGGACUUGAAAUCUUAUCCCUUUUUGUUAAUAUGAAGAAAACAGAUUUGCCAGAACAAGCUCACAGUAUUAUACAAGAAUGUAAAGGUUCCCCUCUUGUAGUGUCUUUAAUUGGUGCACUUUUACGAGAUUUUCCCAACCGCUGGGAGUACUACCUCAGGCAACUUCAGAAUAAGCAAUUUAAGAGGAUAAGAAAAUCUUCAUCUUAUGAUUAUGAGGCUCUAGAUGAAGCCAUGUCUAUAAGUGUUGAAAUGCUCAGAGAAGACAUCAAAGAUUAUUACACAGAUCUUUCCAUCUUUCAGAAAGAUGUUAAGGUGCCUACAAAGGUAAUAGAUGGAUCAACAAUCUUUGUCAUCCCCUUAUUUGUGGCAUGUAAGCUUUGGCUUAGUACAGAGGAUAUUAGCAAGAUAAAACCUGCAUGCCUGAGGAGGUAGGGUAGAGGAUGUAGAAAUCCCACUACUUAAAAGUCUUAUAGAAUUUUAGUAUAGAAAAUAGUAUAGUUUCUAUGUGUAUACCUUUACCUAGCUUCCCUCAAUGUUAACGUCUUACAUAACUGUAAUAGAGAUCUACACAAGAAGAUGGUCACUCAGUUCCAGAGCCAUCACCGGCUGCAUUCUCUUUCACCAGAUCAGGAGGACUGCAUGUAUUGGUACAAUUUUUUGGCCUAUCAUAUGGCCAGUGCUAAUAUGCACAAAGAACUGUGUGCUUUAAUGUUUUCCCUGGAUUGGAUUAAAGCAAAAACGGAACUUGUAGGCCCUGCUCAUCUGAUUCAUGAAUUUGUGGAGUACAGGCAUAUAUUGGAUGAAAAGGAUGGUACAGACUGUGAGAAUUUCCAGGAGUUUUUAUCUUUAAAUGGACAUCUUCUUGGACGACAGCCAUUUCCUAAUAUUGUGCAACUGGGCCUCUGUGAACUGGAAACUUCAGAGGUUUAUCGGCAAGCUAAGCUGCAGGCCAAGCAGGAGGUCGAUAACGGAAUGCUUUACCUGGAGUGGGUAAACAAAAAAAACAUGAAGAGCCUCUCCCGCUUGGUUGUCCGCCCCCACACAGAUGCUGUUUACCAUGCUUGCUUUUCUGAAGAUGGUCAAAGAAUAGCUUCUUGUGGAGCUGAUAAGACUUUACAGGUAUUCAAAGCUGAAACAGGAGAGAAACUUCUAGAAAUCAAGGCUCAUGAUGAUGAAGUGCUUUGCUGUGCAUUCUCUGCAGAUGACAGAUUUAUAGCAACCUGCUCAGUGGAUAAGAAAGUAAAGAUUUGGAAUUCAAUGACUGGGGAACUAGUGCGUAUCUAUGAUGAGCACUCAGAGCAAGUCAAUUGCUGCCACUUCACCAACAACAGUAAUCACCUUCUCUUAGCCACUGGUUCAAAUGACCACUUCCUUAAACUCUGGGAUCUGAAUCAAGAAGAAUGUCGAAAUACCAUGUUUGGCCAUACGAAUUCAGUCAGUCACUGCAGAUUUUCACCAGAUGAUCAGGUUUUGGCUAGUUGUUCAGCUGAUGGAACAUUAAAGCUUUGGGAUGUGAAAUCUGCAAACGAGAGGAAAAGCAUUAAUGUGAAGCAGUUCUUCCUGAAUUCAGAGGAGCCUCAGGAGGAUCUGGAAGUGAUAGUGAAAUGCUGCUCGUGGUCUGCUGAUGGUGCUAGGAUAAUGGUGGCCGCAAAAAAUAAAGUCUUUCUCUUUGACAUUCACACCAGUGGCCUGUUGGCAGAAAUCCACACGGGCCAUCAUAGCACUGUCCAGUACUGUGACUUCUCCCCCCACAACCAUUUGGCAGUGGUGGCUUUGUCCCAGUACUGUGUGGAGUUGUGGAGUAUGGACUCACGCUUAAAAGUAGCUGAUUGCAGAGGACAUUUAAGUUGGGUCCAUUGUGUGAUGUUUUCUACUGAUGGAUCAUCAUUUUUGACAUCUUCUGAUGACCAGACAAUCAGGCUCUGGGAGACAAAGAAAGUAUGUAAGAACUCUGCUACAGUGUUAAAGCAAGAAAUGGAUGUUGUGUUUCAAGAAAAUGAAGUGACGGUUCUUGCAGUUGACAAUAUAAGACGUCUGCAACUCAUUAAUGGAAACACAGGUCAGAUUGAUUACCUGACUGAAGCUCAAGUGAGUUGCUGUUGUUUAAGUCCAAAUCUUCAGUACCUUGCAUUCGGAGGUGAAGAUGGAGCCAUUCAGAUUUUAGAACUCCUGAACAACAGAAUCUUCCAAUCCAGGAAUGGGCACAAGAGCACUGUUCGGCACAUCCAGUUCACAGCUGAUGGAAAGACUCUUAUCUCAAGCUCUGAUGAUUCUGCAGUUCAGAUAUGGAAUUGGCAAUCAGAGGACCCUUUCUUUCUCCAAGCCCACCAGGAAACAGUGAAAGACUUUAGACUCUUGAAAAAUUCGAGACUGCUUUCCUGGUCAUUUGAUGGAACAGUAAAGGUAUGGAAUAUUAUUACCAGAAGACUAGAAAAAGACUUCGUGUGUCACCAGGACACAGUUCUUUCUUGUGAUAUUUCCUCUGAUGCUACUAAGUUUUCUUCUACCUCUGCUGACAAGACUGCAAAGAUUUGGAGUUUUGAACUCCUUUCUCCUCUUCAUGAAUUGAGAGGCCACAAAGGCUGUGUGCGCUGCUCUUCCUUCUCUGUGGACAGUACCCUGUUGGCGACUGGAGACGACAAUGGAGAAAUCAGGAUAUGGAAUGUCUCAAACGGUGAGCUUCUUCAUUUGUGUGCUCCUGUUUCAGUAGAAGAAGGAGCUACUACUCAUGGAGGCUGGGUGACCGACCUUUGCUUUUCUCCAGACACCAAAAUGCUUGUUUCUGCUGGAGGAUAUCUCAAGUGGUGGAAUGUUGUCACUGGGGAAUCCUUGCAGACCUUCUACACAAACGGAACCAAUCUUAAGAAAAUACAUGUGUCCCCUGACUUCAAAACAUAUGUGACUGUUGAUAAUCUUGGUAUUUUAUAUAUUUUAAAGAUUUUAGAAUAAAAUAGUUAAGUGGUGAUGUAAGUUGACCUCUUUUAAUUUUGAAUUGGAAAAAAAAUCCUAAUGAAACUCUGUACUUUAACUUUUAUAAAGCUGUGAAUUGUUUUGUAGUAUUGCAUUAAUUACAAAAGUGUUUGUGGUUGGAUGAAUAAUAUUAAUGUAACUUUCCCCAAAUGAACACACCUUUCAUCUUGUUUUUCAUAAUCACCGUUAUUUUUUAAUAGUUUGUCCUUAAGAUGCAAAUGAAAAUGUGAAUGUGUACCUAGUUAUACCAUUGGUAAAAUUCUCCCUUGCUGCAUUAAAAUUGGUUGACAUAAUUAAUGAGAAUAAUUGGAAGGAAAUAUAUAUAUUUUAAUACUAUCAUUGGUGCAGGCCGUGCCUCAGGGUGGUGGUAGCCUGCUUUCUGAACCACACCCCAAGGAGGUAUAUAAUUCUCUCAAAUAUAAUCUCAGAGCCUAUUUGCACCCCUUAAAAUUUACUUUCAAAAUAUUGUGUCUAUGUGCACAGUUUGCAAAAUUUUCUUUAAUUCACUUGAUAAGUGAGUCUUAGAUUUCAAAAGUUCUCUCUGUGAAGCAAAUGUUAUGUGUGUUGGAGAGAGUAGAUUUUGUCGGUCUACCUUUUUUCCUUAGCUUGUGGCAGCCCCAGGCUGGACCUGGAGUCUGUCAGUCUCUGGAUUGGGCACUCCUGCUCUCUCUGGUUUUUUACGUACCAGACUUCCUACUUGACUGAACUUAACCUUUCUUAAUCCUCACUUUCUCUCUUUUCUUAAAAGUAAUUGCUUCACAUUUAAAUGUUAGUAAAUUGGAAUAAUUGAUGAGGAGCUAAUUUUAAUCAUAAGUUUUAACAACAGACUUUUUCUAAGAUAUAGAAAAUAGUAAAAAAAAAAAAAAAAUUUUUUUUUUCUUCCAAAUUCCAUUUACUUUUAGAUGAACGGCAUUGCCAGUGCUGUUUUCUUAGUGAAUUUCAAGAGAAUCUCUGGUUUUCUACACCAUACUGGAAGAGUCACUGUGACUGGAAGAUGUCACCUUUAACCUCCCAGCCAGUCUGUUUUCCUUCCCUUCUCUUCCUCCUCCUUUCUCUCCCUCCAAAGUUAAUUAAAAAAAGAAAUUAGAAAAGAUAGUUUUUGACAGGGAAAAGCAUAUCAAUAUCAGUAACUAGCUUUUUUGACCUCCUGAUUAGGAAUUUUAUUUGCAACUUAAAUCCAAACAUUUUCCCUGACAUAUAUUGUUAAGUGUUAGUAAUAGAUGUGGUUCUUACAUAAAAAGACAACCAAAAUUCAAAACUUUUUGUUGUUGCAAGAAGAACUAAAUCAAGUGAACAUUAGCUUUAAUAGUAGGCAAGCAUUGAGCCAGUUUCUGUUGUUGGUGCAUAUUAGUAGAUGUGGGGUGGGUAGGGGGAAUAGACCACUCCAGAUGUAUUUUAGAUUAGAUAUUCCUAUUUAGCAUUUGAGGGAACCAUAAGUAGAGUGAAUAAAAUACUUUGAUUAGAA